CUUAUCAGUGGAACCUUCUGCUCCCUCUGCAAGUCCCACCGAUCGAUUCGCCCCUUAUCCUCGAAAUUUCACCGUCCUUCUGUGCACGCACCUUCACGGCUCGUGUCCCCGUUUUCAACUUGAAGUCUGCUGACCCCAGCGUUUGCCGCUCGAAUAACUUGCUCACGGCACGUCAUAUCACGUGCCUUCACGCUGGUCAAUGCACCCUAGCGCACCUCCCUAGCCGCACCCUUUCCCAUAAAAGAACCCUCACCCUCACCUCAGUGUCCCUCUCUCUCCACACACGACUUCGACCGAGUUUCAGAACAGCACGCCAAACACACUUGUUCCGACACACCUCCCUCGGUCUCACAUAUACAUACAUUCUUCGAACUCUUUUACUCGACUACAUUUCUACAUCGGUUCGGUAUCUUCGUCACGAUGAAGUUCACAACCAUUUUCGUCACCGCCGGGGCCAUCCUCGUGGCUACCGUGUACGCUGUUCCGACUCCCCAGUUCGGCGGCAACUCUCUCCAGGACCGCCAGUGGGGCGGUGAGGUCAAGGCCGACGACAAGCGCGCUGCUCGAUUCGGAGGCGACGAUUCCAACGGCGCCCUAUACGUCCCUUCUGGUCCGGCUAAGGCGGACGUGAAGCGCCAGUUCGGCGGCGACUCUGAGGAGAAGCGUCAGUGGGGCGGUUCAUCUGAUAAGCGCCAAUUCGGCGGCGAUGUCAAGCGUCAGUUCGGUGGUGACUCUGAGGAGAAGCGCCAGUUCGGUGGCGACUCUCUCCAGGACCGCCAGUGGGGUGGCUCGGCCGACGAGAAGCGCCAAUUCGGUGGUGAUGUGAAGCGUCAGCUCGGCGGUGAUGCUGACGAGAAGCGUCAAGUCGGCGGCGAUGUCAAGCGUCAGUGGGGUGGUUUAUCUUCCGACAAGCGCCAAUUCGGCGGCGACUCUCUCUCGGACCGUCAGUUUGGCGGCGAUGUCAAGCGUCAGUUCGGCGGCUCAUCCGAGUAGCUUCUUGCUUCACAGCACGGUACUUUGGUCUAGGCGUACAGUGUAGCCUCAGCAUUAGCAUGGCUUCACGGGGGUUGUUUUUCUAAUCAGCCUUUUGGCUUGAUAUGGCGUCUGUCUUAGUAGACGGGAUGACGAGUCAUGGCUCGGAUACACGGGGUUUUUGUUUUCCUCAAGUCUUUGGGCUUGAUCAGCUGCUUGGCUGGCUAGUUAGCAU